AUGAGUCUACAGUGUAGUUCCAGGUCUCUGUGCCGCGGUGGUGGCGGCGGCGGCAGGAACUUCAGCUCAGGCUCUGCAGGCCUAGUCAGCUUCCAACGCAGGUCCACCAGCUGCUCUAUGCGCCGCAGCGGUGGAGGUGGUGGUGGUGGUGGGAGAUUUUCAGGAGGAGGCUUCUGUGGGAGUUCGGGUAGUGGCUUUGGAAGUAAAAGUCUUGUUAACCUUGGAGGUGGCAGAAGCAUCUCCAUAAGUGUGGCUGGAGGUGGUGGCAGCUACGGUGGUGGCUUUGGGGGUGGCAGCUAUGGUGGUGGCUUUGGGGGUAGUGGUUUUGGUGGUGGCUUUGGUGGUGGUGGCUAUGGUAGUGGAGGUGGUUUUGGUGGUGGUGGCUACGGUAGUGGAGGUGGUUUUGGUGGUGGAGGAUAUGGGGGUAGUAGAUUUGGGGGUGGUUUUGGGCCUGUCUGUCCCCCUGGUGGCAUCCAGGAAGUGACCAUCAACCAGAGCCUUCUGCAGCCCCUCAAUGUUGAGAUCGACCCUCAGAUUCAAAAAGUGAAGUCUCAGGAGAGAGAACAGAUCAAGUCACUCAAUGACCAAUUUGCCUCCUUCAUUGACAAGGUGCGCUUCCUAGAGCAACAAAACCAGGUGCUGCAAACCAAAUGGGAGCUGCUGCAGCAGGUGGACACCUCAACCCGGACCCAGAACCUAGACCCUUACUUUGAGUCCUAUAUCAGCAAUCUCAGAAGGCAAGUGGACUCACUGAAGAGUGACCAGUCACGGAUGGAUUCUGAACUGAAGAACAUGCAAGACCUGGUGGAAGAGUACAGGACCAAGUACGAGGAUGAAAUCAACAAGAGGACCAACGCAGAGAAUGAAUUCGUGACCAUCAAGAAGGAUGUGGAUUCGGCUUAUAUGAACAAAGUAGAGCUUCAGGCCAAGGCGGACACCCUCCAGCAAGAGAUCGACUUCCUCUCCGCACUCUACCAAACGGAAUUGUCUCAGAUGCAAACUCACAUCAGUGAGACCAAUGUUGUCCUGUCCAUGGACAACAACCGCAGUCUGGACCUGGACGGCAUCAUCUCAGAAGUCAAGGCCCAGUAUGACAGCAUUUGCCAGAGGAGCAAGGCUGAAGCCGAGACCUUUUACCAGAGCAAGUAUGAAGAGCUGCAGAUCACUGCUGGCAGACACGGGGAUAGUGUGAAGAGUUCAAAGAUGGAGAUUUCUGAGCUGAACAGAACAAUCCAGAGACUUCGAUCCGAAAUUGAUGGUGUCAAGAAGCAGAUCUCCCACAUGCAGCAGAACAUCAGUGACGCUGAGCAGCGGGGCGAGAAGGCCCUCAAAGACGCUCAGAACAAGCUGAAUGAGAUCGAGGAUGCCUUGACACAAGCCAAAGAGGAGCUCGCCAGACUGCUCCGAGACUACCAGGAGCUCAUGAACACCAAGCUGGCGCUGGACAUGGAGAUCGCCACCUACAGGAAGCUUCUGGAAGGAGAGGAGAUCAGGAUGUCUGGAGAGUGCACCCCCAGCGUGAGCGUGUCGGUGAGCACCAGCCACACCAGCAUGAGCGGAAGCAGUAGCCGAGGCGGCGGUAGAUACGGAGGCGGCUCUGGAGGCGGCAGCUACGGCGGCGGCUACGGAGGUGGCUCCGGGGGCGGCGGCAGUGGUGGCAGCUACGGCGGCGGCUCCGGAGGCGGCAGCUAUGGAGGUGGUUCCGGAGGCGGCAGCUAUGGCGGCGGCAGCAGUGGAAGCCACAGAGGUGGCUCUGGAGGGGGCGGUGGCAGCUCUGGAGGCAGCUACGGUGGCUCCUCUGGGGGAGGCCGGGGAGGAUCCAGCUCCGGUGGUGUUAAGUCCUCUGGCAGUUCUAGCGUGAAGUUUGUUUCCACCAGUUACUCCCGAGGGACCAAAUAAAGUGGUGCCCACCACCCCAUUAGCUCUCCCUUUCCAUCAAGGCCAAAUAUGGCUGGCAAGACCAAGAUCAAUUGCGCUAGCUGUAUUAAAGAAACGAGCUAUGGUUAAUUGCACAGAUUAGGCUUAUUUCCUCUGCGCUUUCUUUUCUGCUCCGCUUGCAAAGUUUUCAUACUAGUAGCAGUCUAAGUCCUCUGGUAACAAUCCCACUUUAUGUUUUGCUGAGAAACAGUUCAGAACUGCCAUCACCAACAUGACAUUUCAAAGAGGACUUCAGCAUCCCGUAUCCUGCAGCAGCGCUCUGAGUUGCUUUGGUUUUGUACAUAAGGUGUUUGCUAGUUUGUCUUUUAUGGAGCGCUCUGAACGGCCCCCAC